AUGAAAAAGGUUGGUUUCAGAUGUCAUUUUAAAUUGUUGUUUAGUUUAUGCGUUGUCUGUGUCUUGGCGCACCACAAUGUGGUAAGACCAGUGUCAUGAUGACCUUGAACAUGGUCGAAAACGUUCUCAGCAAGCCCUACGUUCCCACAUUGGAAGACACUUACCUUAUCCAGACAGGCUUAGAUGCAUCAGAAAAAGCAGCAGAAAAUCUUGUAUUUUACGAUUCGAGUGGUUUAAAGAAGGAUAACAUAGAGCUGAAGAGGUCGCUUCUACAAGUUACUGAUUGUUUUAUUCUCACCUUCUCCCUCACCAACUAUGAGUCAUUCGAAGUUGUAGAUGCCGUUAAAAGAUACCUCGAUAAAAACGUGUUGAAAGACAAGAAAGACGUAAGAACUUUCUUUACAAAAAUUAUUGCUUUAGGCACAAGUGGUACUGUUAGGAACGAUGGCAGACUGUAAGCAAAGAGCAGUUGGUACAGAUCUGGUACAACAAUGGGCGGCAAGAGAAAAAAGUAAGUUGAUGUAGGGUUGCAUAUAAAUGAAGUCCCUGUAUUUAAUUAUUCAAAUAACUUUGCAUUUUUAAAUUACAGUACGAUACUUUGAAAUGUGCACAGCUGAUCGAACGGCGGUGACAGAGAUGGUACAUUACAUUGUAGGACGACAUUUCCACACAUCGAGUAAAAUUUUUAAAAAUUAAUUUUAAUUUGCAAACAUUGACGAAUACCGAAGAAGUAUACUGUAAUGUUUUCAGGGGAACCCAAAUUUUCACUUUCGAAAAAAUUGAAACCUGAAAGGUCGAAUGCCCAAAUACUCAUGGACUUCUAA